AUGCAUGAGGCUACUGCUAUUUCAGCACCUUCUUUGUCGCAAACAUUCUUAGAAGUUGAUUUUUCUCACCAUUUUGAAGAACCAACUCUGUUUCAACAUGUAGUGGGGGCCAUUCAAUACUUAGCACUUACUCGGCUUGAUAUUACUAUGGUUGUCAAUAAAGUAGCUCAAUUCAUGCAUACUCCUUCUAUUAAUCAUUGGCAAGCUGUAAAGCGGAUCCUUCGCUAUUUCAAAGGCACCACUGAUCAUGGCCUGGUUCUCCGUUCUUCCCAUUCUAAUAAUCUUAUAUCUUUUUCUGAUGUGGAUUGGGGCGGUGACAAAGCCGAUCGCAAGAGUACUUUAGCUUAUGCUGUGUUUCAUGGUUCUAAUUUGAUCUCGUGGUGUUUGAAGAAACAACGAACUAUGGCAAGGUCUAGUACUGACUCAGAAUAUCGUGCCUUAGCCUUGGCAGCAUCUGAGGUUUAUUAG